UUGUUGAAGAAUUCUUUUUGAUUUUACCGUCGAGAUAAGUUGUCUGUGGUCGAAAUGACAUGUGAAAUCGCCAAUAACUCGAUGUCCCAAAUAACACGAACGCCGUGUCGUCGUACGUGAAUACAAACGCCGGGUCAGGCAUAAUUUAUGGUGAUUAUUACCCCAGGUGGGAUGUAUCGGACAAACAAUGGGCUGCCUCGCAGAGGCGAAGUUGAUAACGCGUACCAUGAUAGGUCGGGCGGCUUGAAACAAGCUGGACCCACUCACACACCAAUGACCGUUGCCGAACAAUUCAAGGAAUCUUGGCUGACCGCCAUUAUUGGGUCAGUUCUAUUUGCGGCUGGGAUGUGCCUGCUAUUUUGGAACGAGGGCCGUGCGGUUAGAACGGCACAUUCGCUGAAUGAGGCGCUGCGUAACAUUGUGCCGCUGUCUAGCGUGAACCAUGUACUACCUGAGCAUCAGCACAGACUUGUACAUUUUUCGGGACCACUGAGAGUGCUUGAACCGCUCACUGAACCUGAUUAUGGAAUCGUAAUGGCCAGUGUAAAGCUAAAGAGGAGGGUACAGAUGUAUCAAUGGGUUGAAAUUGAAGAGGAACGUAGUUUUGGAGGUGUUACCGAAGAUGAAAAGCACUACUAUUAUACGACAGAAUGGAAGGACAAGCUCGUGGAUUCAAAUUCAUUCUAUAUAAGCAAUGGUCACGACAAUCCGGAAAGCAUGCCUGUGCGGAGUCAGAUACAAAUUGCCAAUGAGGUUAAGAUUGGAGCCUUGACCCUUGGUGAAGAGUUAAAAAAGAAAUUCAACUACUUUGUUGAGAUUACUAGUGACGAGAGGCCGGAGCGCAGAGAUAUCAAAUUGCACUCUGGCCUCUAUUAUCACAGCAAUGACUUAUGGAAUCCUCAGGUCGGAGAUAUCAGAAUACAGUUUUCGUACGCCGGUAAGGGCGAUGACAUCUACUCGAUUAUCGGAAUGCAGGUGGACGGAACUAUCGUUCCCUAUACGACUUCGCAUGGCGACGAAAUCUUAAUCCAAAGAAAGGAUGUGAUAUCCAUGGACCAGAUGUUUCACCUAGAACAUGUGCACAACUAUUGGCGUACCUGGGCUAUAAGAGGUCUGGGUUGGCUAGUGCUGUUCCUCGCCGCCACAUGUUUGGCAAACAUAAUCCGCACGCUGGUCUUGAAUUCAACAUUCUUAUGCGGCGUGAUCGCUAUUGAAUCUGUAAACAUCUCCGUCUCCAUGUCCAUCAGUUUAUUGGUCAUUGGUUUUGCCUGGGUAUGGUACAGACCCAUUGUUGGCUUGUGUCUGGCACUGGCUUCCGUCGUACCAUUUCUCUAUUCGACGAUCUUCUCGGAAAACCGGGAUCAACAACGAGACAACUAUCGAAGACUAUGACUCCAAGCGCACGCUGUCUCUGCGUCAAAAAAUUCCAUCAUUCACUCUCUACUCUGUUUCUGAGUAUUUAACCUUUAGAAAGCCGGCAAUUCUUCCUUAAAAUUCGAUAUUUUCAGAGGAAUGAUUUACGUAUAUGAAUAGUCAACUCUUUCGGUGGAGUUUCUGAGUCACCUGCUGGCUCCAAAAGGAGCCAGGCCAGUUCUCUAAAGAUGAAAGAUCUGUGUAGUUAUACACCUGCACAAAUGUCUAUAGUAAUUGAGUCGGGUCACAUCGUCCAACAUUUUUAUCUUACAGGUAAUACUGAUUUUGUCAUGGAGCUGUUUAUAAUAUCUUUUAUUCAUUACAAACUUGAUUUAUCAGUAGCAAGUAAAAAAUUUCAAUGCAGAGUAUGUGAGCUGUAAAUUCAAUCUCACCAACUUAUAUAACUUUUAAUAAAGACAUUUUAAUUGAAAAC